AAACAAUACAUCGUAUAGAAAACACAUCAGUAUUCCAAGGGAAAUUGAAAGGCAGACAUUGACUGAAACAAUGGGAUUCAAAAACAAAGUCGUAAUUGUGACAGGCGCUAGCUCAGGCAUCGGGGCAGCGAUUGCCAUAGCUUUUAACAACCAAGGAGCAAAAGUGGUGAUGGUUGGGAGGAAUGAAGCAAAGCUGAAUAAAGUUGCUGCCAAAUGCUGCAAGCCUCUGGUCUUGAUCGCUGACGUUGCCAAAGAUGACGACGUAAAGAAGAUUAUUGAGCAAACUAUCAAGAAAUUCGGUCAGAUAGACAUCUUGGUCAAUAAUGCUGGUCUUGCACGUAACGCUCCAAUACUUGAUGACAAGCUUAUGCAAGCAUAUGAUACCAUCAUGAAUGUAAACGUGCGUGGUCUUGUACAUAUGACUUCUCGCGCUGCGCCGCAUUUGGCAAAAACUAAAGGUAACAUCGUCAACAUAUCCAGCGUGGUUUCCUACAUCCCUCCUCCAGUACCAGGAAUGAUGAGCUACUGCAUCUCUAAAGCUGCCGUCUCCCACUUCACCAGAUGCGCUGCUGCGGAACUAGCACCCCAAGGCAUCAGGGUGAACACUGUUAGCCCAGGACCAGUCAAAACGGACUUCUUAGACAACGCCAAGUUGGACUUCUCUUGGGACGCAGCCGCUGAUACAACGGCUCUGAAAAGAGUGUCAGAGCCUGAGGAAUUAGCAGAACUAGUCCUCUUCGUGGCGAGUGACAAGUCUGUAGGCGUCACGGGAUCGGAUUUCUUGAGUGAUAAUGGAGUUUUGUUGCAUCGCAACUAA